AUGGGUGCUGUGACCGCCUUCCACCAGCAGGAGGCGCUGCAGCCCCAUCACACGCUCAACGCGAAGCUAUCCCAGCACUCCAAGGGACGGCUUACAGCUCCAAACAAGUCAAGUGAAAACAAACUGCUGAAGAAAAGCCCUGUGAAGGUGGUGUUUGUCCUGUACAAGAACCUGGGCGCCUUCCUGUCCACCGAGAACGCCACGGUGAAGAUGGAGCUUGACCCGGGGACGGGCCAGUCGCGGAGUGGGCGGGGCCUGGCGGUCAACAGCCACGUGAUCGCCGCCUCCAUCAAGGAGUCCAGCCGGGUGUUCCUCACAGAGCCAGUGGUCUUCACGCUCAAACACCUGCAGAUGGAGAACCACUUCAGCCCCAACUGCUCCUUCUGGAACUAUUCGCAGCACUCCAUGACGGGCCAGUGGUCGUCCCAGGGCUGCAAGCUGGUGGAGUCCAACCGCACGCACACCUCGUGCUCCUGCAGCCACCUCACCAACUUUGCCGUACUAAUGGCCCACCACGAGGCAGACUACUCUGGGCGGAUGCACGAGCUCAUCCUCUUCGUGAUCACCUGGGUGGGCAUCGUCAUCUCGCUGGUGUGCCUGGCCAUCUGCAUCUCCACCUUCUGCUUCCUACGGGGCCUGCAGACGGACCGCAACACCAUCCACAAGAACCUCUGCAUCAACCUCUUCAUCGCCGAGCUGCUCUUCCUCAUCGGCAUCGACAAGACCCAGUAUCACAUCGCCUGUCCUAUCUUCGCCGGCCUCCUGCAUUUCUUCUUCCUGGCUGCGUUCUCCUGGAUGUGCCUGGAGGGCGUGCAGCUCUAUCUCAUGCUGGUGGAGGUGUUUGAGAGCGAGUACUCCCGCAAGAAGUACUACUACCUCUGCGGCUACUGCUUCCCAGCGCUCGUCGUGGGCAUCUCGGCCGCCGUCGACUACCGCAGCUACGGGACCAAGAAAGCAUGCUGGCUGCGAGUGGAUAACUACUUCAUCUGGAGCUUCAUCGGCCCCGUCUCCUUCGUUAUCAUGCUCAACCUGGUGUUUCUCAUGAUUACGCUGCACAAAAUGAUUCGCAACUCCUCCGCUCUCAAGCCUGACUCCAGCCGCUUGGAUAACAUCAAGUCCUGGGCUUUGGGGGCCAUCACUCUGCUGUUUCUGCUGGGUCUCACCUGGGCCUUUGGACUGCUCUUUAUCAACGAGAACACGGUCAUCAUGGCCUAUCUCUUCACCACCUUCAACGCCUUCCAGGGCAUGUUCAUCUUCAUCUUCCACUGCGCCCUGCAGAAGAAGGUCCACAAGGAGUACAGCAAGUGCCUGCGCCACUCCCACUGCUGUAGCCGCUCCUCCACCAGCAGCUCCCACGGCUCGCUGAAGAACUCGGCGCUGCGCUCCAACAACCGCUACUACAGCGGCAGCCAAGCCCGGCACGCCGCGGCCCACAGACAGAGUCGGAUCCGCAGGAUGUGGAACGACACGGUCCGGAAGCAGACGGAAUCUUCUUUCAUGGCAGGAGACAUUAACAGCACCCCGACACUCAACCGUGCGACCAUGGGCAACCACCUCCUCACCAACCCAGUGUUGCAGACUCGCACCGGGACGUCUCCCUACAAUACCCUGCUGGCUGAGAGCUUCACUCCCCCCUCACCGGGGGUCUUCAACUCCACCGGAACCUUUCGUGAACCAAAAAGCAAUCUCUCCAAAACCCGGGACCCGUGUGGGAUGGAGACCCUGCCCCUGAACGGGAACUUCAACAACAGCUACUCACUCCGCAGCGGCGGUGGUGGUGGUGGCGGCGGCGGUAGCUGUGACUUCCUGAGCAGCGGGACCGGGGCCAGCCCCCCUCCCCUCCUGAACCCCCGCAGCUCAGAGACGUUGGGUGGAGGAGGGGGGGGUGGUGGUGGUGGUGGUGGUGGUGGUGGUGGUGGUGGUGGCGGCGGUAUACGGCGAAACCUGUCGGACGCGGCGGCCUUCGAGAAGAUGAUCAUCUCUGAGCUGGUGCACAACAACCUGCGUGGCGGCGGCGGCGGCGGCGGCGGCGGAGGGGGAGUGGGCGGCGGAGCGGACAGGGUGAGCGGCAGCCUGGCCCAGGGGCGACCGCACGGCGCGUCCGGCCGGGGGGGCCCCGCGGGGGCGGGCGCCACGACGGGCCCCGAGGGUCUGGGCGACCCCGGGGACGACUUCCAGGGCCGGGAGGGGCGCCAGCACACGGCGCAGGACGUGGAGCUGCUGUACAAGGCCCUGGAGGAGCCCCUGCUGCUGCAGCGCGCCCAGUCCGUCUUCUACCAGAGCGACCCCGACGAGUCGGAGAGCUACGCGGCCGAGCUGACGGAGAGCCUGGGCCACAGCGGCCACAGCGGCCCGGGGGGCAACGCGCCCUCGUCCGAGUCCCCCGCCCGGGACUCGCUGUACACCAGCAUCACCAACCUGCGGGACUCUCCCUACCCGGACAGCAGCCCCGAGCCCCUGGAGGUGGCCCCCCGCUCGGCCCAGCCCCCCGAGGAGCUGUACUACAGCUCGGGACGUCCCGCGCUGGGCUCCCGCGGCGCCCCCAUGCAGACCUUCUACCAGGCCCCGGCGCGCAGGCCCAGCGGGGAGGCCCACCCGGCCGAGGUGCCCCCCCACGGAGAGGGGGACGGACAGAUGCAGCUGGUGACCAGCCUGUGA